CAUUGAAACUACUGGUGAGACAACGAAGUUGAAAGUGCGUUCAAACAAGAGAGUUUAAGCUGCAGGUAGCUGUGAGUUAAGCAAUGCCAAAGCCAACAGUGUUUGUGAUCGGCUGCAGUGGAUUUAUCGGCCCGGCUACAGUGAAAGCUUUGUCAGAUAACUACUCGGACAAGGUAAAUAUCCUCGCUGGAACCAGAAACCCAGCAUCAGAGAAAGUGGCAACGCUGAAAACCCUGCCAGGGGUGACAGUUAUAAGGGCUGAUAUGAAUGACAAAGAGGCAUUGCGUGAACAGCUGCGUGGCGUGACAUCACUGUUUAUUGUGACACCAACCAGUGGGUUCAAACUUGCCAUUGGUGCUGCAGAAGUGGCCAAAUCCUCGGGCGUCAAGCACAUUCUCACAGUCAGUGUCCUCACGGUUAGCCUAACUGAUACUAUCUAUGGAAAACAGUACAGUGAGUUGGAGUCAAGGAUACAGAACCUAGGGAUGCCAUACACCAUCAUCCGCCUUCCUCCGUUCGUCGACAACUACUGGGGUUUCAAACGACCCAUUCAGGAGAAGUCAUCUUUCGGUACUCCAAGUGACCCUACCAAGCCUUUCUCAGCUGUCGUCGUAGCAGAUGCUGGGAAAGCUGCAGCCGCUAUUAUGGCCGACCCCAAGAAGCAUUAUGGAAAAACCUACAAGUUGAUAAGCAAUUGCCAUACACUGGACGAACUAGCAGCCGCCUUCAGCGAGAUAUUAGGUAAGAAGAUUAAGUAUGAGCGAAUGUCAUACGAAGAUUCCCGGAGUCGUUUCAUCAACGUGGUUGGUUUCAGCGAGGAAGAUGCAGAUGGUAUCUUAGAGAUAUACAGGCUCACUGAUGAAGAGUGCCCACUGAUUAAUGACCCAGACAUGUCCCACUUUACCAAGAUUACAGGAGAGGAGCCCACCACUUUGAAAGAGUGGGUAACUGAAGUGGCACCAGUCUUCAACGCUAAACUAUGAAGAACAGUGUCGCUUAUAUAUUCCUUACUAACUUAAUGAUGGCAUUGACUGCCAUUUCGGAUUAAAACAGCAGUUUUUUUCUUGCUUUGAAUGUUAGUCUCCUUGCUUUAAAAAUGUAUUCGUGAAUGUACUUUGACUUCAAAGGGAAUAAAGUACUCAUUGAGUUGCACUGGA